AUGACCUUCCUGAACAUGAUGAUCCUCGUCCCCUUCCUGCUGGUGGUGUCGACGGCGGCCCAUACCAAAACUGUCACUACAUUAUCCGAGGCAGCGACGACGUCUCCGAGCAGCGCCAGUAGCAUCAGCCACAGCAUCAACACCCUCCUGGCGAACAAACUCUUGUCGCAGGUGCUGGAGAAGGUUAGCGCGAUGAACGUAGACGCGGAGAUGCUGGCUGCGUCGCUCUUCAGGAGGCUGGUAGGUGGAGACGACGGAGAUGAUGCUCUAGAAAAAGUCAAGUCCCUCCUGGUGAAGCAGUUGCCUGAUUUCGAGGAAAUGAGUAACGUGGUGACAGAUAGCUUGGGGGUCGAUAAAGACUUUUUGAAACCUUUUGUGAAAAUUGUGAGCAGAAUGAGCAAGCUCAGCAAUGGGAAGCCGUCGCAGUUCAAGAGCCGCUUCCAAUCCGUCCUCGAAUUGGUAGGACAAUAUAUAAACCUAAACGACAAGGAUGAAGAGACUGGAAACGUGACCCCCGAAGAUAUUUCCAAGGCAGUAAAUGGCAGCACCUCAGGCAGCGUUAGAGAUCCCAUGAUGAACAUCUUCGACCUGGCUAAGGAGCUGUUGGAGAGUAAGUUCGGUAACUUGAGCUCUGUCAUCGUGCCUCCGGACUCCCAGAUGCCAACAGAAGCACCGAGUCUUAACCUGGCAAGUUCGAGUGUGUGGAUGAUAGUGAAAUCGACGUGGCACCGCAUCUUGGCCUUCGUCGGGGAAGAAAAUUCGCUAGAGUCCUUCAUGCAGUUGACGCCCGUGAAGAUCAUCGAUCGUAUCUUGGGUCUCGGAGAUGAGGUCAGUCUCGUCAACUUCUUGGCUAAAAAACUCGAUGCGGACUUUGCGCAGUUCUUGGCAGAAGAGCUGAACCCAUACUUAGGUCCACUAAGGGACUUUGAGAGCUUCUACAACUUCACCAGAGAAAAUAAACUGAACGGCAUCAUUGACUACUUCAGAUCCGAUAAAUUUAGAUACACUGUGAAUGCCAUGUCGCGUUUCAUCUCGGCCUACCUCGAAGACGCGGUAUCGGACGAUGUGAUGAACCAGUACAUCGAGUUCAUUUCCUUCAACAACACGGACCUGCACCACUUCUACAAGUCUAUACUUAGGAAUGAAGGCAAGACUGUUGACACACAGAAUUCCGAUUCAACCAUAACGAAUUCGACUCAGCGCUACAAGCGGGACGUCCUACAAGACAUCGCCAACAGCUACAAGCCCGGCGGAGACUCGGAACAAAUCUUCGACGACGAUUCCACCACCAGUUCCGGACGACAGAUUCAGCGGUAUGGCGUGGUGAGCGCCACUAACACGGCUCUGUAUGACCCAGCUCGAGAUGGAUACGGCGGCAGUGGAUAUGGUGGCGGAGGAUACGGAGGAUACGGAAUGAACAUGAACACCCUGGACCCAUACGUAGUCCUGGGCUCCCUGGCGCUAGGUACCAUUCUGGGUUUCCUCUUGUUCAGAGCACUUCGGGGGACGCGCCGAGGCAGGCGGGACAUCGGUGAUGGCUCUCUGUCGUUAUGGCAGUCAGAUAUACCCGACGGGCUGCUUCCCUGGGGCACAAGCGCCGAACGCGUGAAGCGAGAAGCUCCUAACUUCAACAAGACAGGAGUCGAGGAGUUCAACCUGCCCAACUCGAUGAGAGGCGACAUCUGGUCUACGAACCCCUUGGUGGAAGAUGACUUGCUGGCUACCCAGCUCGAGGAGGAGGACAUCGCCGACCAUCUAAACCACCUGUGGAGGGUGUACAAGCACGACAACGAGACCACCUGCGUCGAGGCCCACCUGUGUGAUGUCAUGACCACCAGCACCGCUGAACGUCUUACCGGGAAGGACUCGAGCAUGGCGCUCCUCAUGGCCUCAAUAGGUAACCUAAUGGGCGUGGUAGGGUCAGGUCAGCUGAUGGACAAGGUCACCAACAGUCUAGUGUUGGGGGAACUCUUCACUUGUCCUACCUCCACCACCACCACCACCUGCCACCAUCACCUCCUGUAG